AUGGCCGGCGAUGAUGGCCCUGGGCCCCAGGCACAAGUUCGGCAUGAACAGCAUACCAAGAACCUGCCUGAGUUUAAGGUUAGUGACCCGACCCGAUGGUCGCGUUACCUCCAGUUAUUUAACAUUGCCUACAAGGCAGAGAAGAGACCCGUCGACCCGGACGGCAAGCGCGCGGCGUUCCUCAUCGUGUGUGGUUUGGACACACUCGAGCUGGCGGCGCGGCUCUGCGCCCCAAGGGAGUUAGAAGAUGUGCCCUUAGAGGGGAAAGACAGCAUCGUGAGUAAGCUUACGGAAUAUUUCUCCCCAACCGUGAGCCCUGUCACGGCCUAUGUUCGGUUCUGGCAUACGCGUCAGAAGGCUGGUCAACCUGUGGCUGACUUCGCCGCCGAGCUCCGUCAACAAGCGAAGCAUUGUGCGUUCGACAAGCUGAAGCAGGAGGAGAUUAUGGACACAUUAGUUUUGUAUCAGUUGGUGUGUGGUCUCCGGGAUUCUAACUUGCAGCAGCGGCUUUUGGAAAAGCCAAAGUUGACCCUGAAUACGGCUCUCGAAACGGCGUCGUCUGCAGAGACAGCGUGUAAUGAUAUCGGCGUGGUGCGAAAUGGCAACUCAGGCAGCAACACUAAUGACUUUCUGUCAGCAGGAGGUGCGAGUUCAGGAGGCCAGGUGGGAGCAUUCGCAUUGCAGGCGAGCCGAAACCAGAGUUAUGGUACCCAGCAGCAGACGACCAAGUUCAAGUGCUUCCGCUGUGCUGGGUCUCACAAAGCUAACCAGUGCAACCUGGACCCUGCCGUGCUUUUCUGUAUGGGAUGUUCAAGGACUGGGCACCUGAAAACCGCCUGCCUGGCUAAUCAAGGUCGCAGGGGUAAUGAUGCCAGUGCCACGGGAAGUUCUUCGAAGUCUGCGACAGAAGCUUACAUGCUAGAUGCUACAGCUCCAACGUUUACACCCAGUGGUACUACUUCAAUUCCUUUCAACGGGCCUCUUGGGUGUGACUUGUACUAG